AUGCCUCCCAAAUCCGCUUUCACGCGCCUCGACGCCUUCACCAAGACUGUCGAAGAUGCACGCAUCCGUACAACGUCUGGAGGAAUCGUCACCAUUGCGAGCUUACUGGUUAUUUUCUGGCUGACAUGGGGCGAGUGGGCAGACUACAGGCGAGUGAUAGUCCGCCCUGAGUUAGUUGUCGACAAAGGCCGAGGCGAGCGCAUGGAGAUCAGCUUGAAUAUCACAUUCCCGCGCAUGCCCUGUGAACUGUUGACUCUCGACAUUAUGGACGUGUCGGGAGAGCUGCAGAUGGGUGUCGCCCAUGGCAUCGACAAGGUGCGGCUGAGCCCCGAGAAGGAGGGCAGUAAGGAUAUCGAGGCCAAGGCGCUGGAUUUGCACAAAGAUGAGGCCUCUCACCUUGCACCCGACUACUGCGGCGAAUGCUACGGUGCUCCCGCCCCCGCCAACGCACAUAGAUCGGGCUGCUGUAAUACUUGCGACGAGGUCCGUGACGCUUACGCUUCGGUGUCCUGGUCUUUUGGUCGCGGCGAGGGUGUUGAGCAGUGCGAGCGCGAACACUACGCCGAACAUCUCGAUGCCCAGCGUCAAGAGGGGUGCCGCCUCGAGGGCAGCAUCAAGGUCAACAAGGUCAUCGGCAACUUCCACAUUGCUCCUGGAAAGUCAUUCUCCAAUGGCAACCUGCACGUACACGAUCUCGAGAACUACUUCAAGGAUGAAUACGCCCACACCUUCACCCAUACGAUCCACCACCUUCGGUUCGGUCCCCAACUGAGCGAUGUUAUUGUGCAGAACAUGGCGAAGAACCACCUUGCGACUGGCCCCGGUGGCUGGACAAACCACCACAUUAACCCCCUGGAUGGUACAGAACAGCACACGGAAGAAAAGGCCUUCAACUACAUGUAUUUCGUCAAGGUUGUCUCAACCGCCUAUCUGCCGCUUGGUUGGGAAAAGGAGGCUGCUCGCCCCAGCAGCGAAGACAUCGGCGCCAUCAUUGAAGGCAACUACAAGGGAAGCAUCGAGACACACCAGUACUCUGUCACUAGCCACAAGAGGAACCUUCAAGGUGGCACCGAUGAGCAGGAAGGCCAUAAGGAGCGCAUUCACGCGCGUGGUGGUAUCCCUGGUGUAUUCUUCUCAUACGACAUAUCGCCCAUGAAGGUCAUUAACCGCGAAGUACGCGACAAAUCCUUCUCUGGCUUCCUCGUUGGCUUGUGCGCUGUCAUUGGCGGUACACUCACAGUCGCUGCGGCGGUCGACCGUGCGCUCUACGAAGGCGUCAACAAGAUCAAGAAGAUACAUUCCCAGUAG